ACAUUCCUGAAGCUCAGCUCACCUCUCCCUCGCCCUCGCCCUCGCCCUCACCUCACCUCGUGUCAGCCCCCCUCCUCGGGAUGCCAUUCCUGCCUCCACGUCGCAGUCCGCCCCAGCGACCUCUAUUAAACGUCGACACCUCACGCUGCCACACCCGCCGCUUAUCAAUGGGCUGCCGACGGCGAUUGAGCGAGUUCAGCGGCUAGAAGAAUUUCUUUUGCUUCCGGAGAGAAUGCGGGGCGGCGGCGGCGGUUCCGGGCUUGGGUUUCCCGGCGGCGUGCUGGUGGAGGAGGAAGGGGAGGAGGUGGUCUCGGCGCCGGAGAGGCCAAUGUGGCGCCGGCGGUGGGGAGUCGAGGUGGACGACGGCUACUCGCCGAGCUCCACGGGCGGCGGUGGAAGCAGCUGCUGCGACUCCUUCGGCUGCGAUUCGCCUUUGGCUGGGUUCGUGCGCCCAGAUGGUGACCCAGACACAGAUCUGGAGACAGAUGGGUUGGCCACUUCCUCCUCCAGUGCUUCUGCAGCCUUCACGGAGCGGCAGGACGACGAGGAGGUGCUAUGCGGGGUGAAGGAAGAGGAGUGGGCGAAGGUACAAGAACCGGCCAAAAAUCCGGCAGGCCGUUCCACCCCAGAAUGCCACAACCAGCAGCACCGAACGGAGGCUACUGUUCUUUUGCACAGUAGGAAGGGAUCGAAACAGCGGCCAGCCUCGCUCGACUUCGGUAGCCCUGGGUUCCAUGGAGCCACAUUUUCACCGAAUUUCGUGGUUGGUGGUGUGGGUUUGAUGAAUAAGGGACUUGUAGCAUCACACAUCAGGUCAGACGUGUUUCAUAGUCCUGGAACACCGAACUAUUCGCGGCACCGUGCAUCAGUGUUGGGGUUCCAGAAAGGGUGGUGCUCUGAGAGAGUGCCGCAUCCUUCCAAAGGAAGUAGAAGGUACCCUGGGAGCAGCAUGGCAUUUCCUUACAGCAGUGGGAGGACAUUGCCCUCGAAAUGGGAGGACGCAGAGAGGUGGAUAUUCAGUCCUAAUUCCAGUGAAGCUCUCGGAAGAAGCACGGUUGCUCAUGCUCGGCAACCAAAGUCUAAAAGUGGCCCUCUGGGACCUCCGGGAAGACUUGGCGGACAGUAUUCAUCUGUUUCUUCAGUGUCACUGCUUGACAGUGGGAGAGCUGGACCUAUUACAUCAAAUUCACCUUUUGUGGCAGGAGUACUAAUGCCAGAACAUGUUUGUGGAGGGAAGAAUGCAAAUGGAACAUAUUCGGGUAGACCAGCUGGUGAUGAAACCACUAUUGGAAGCAAUGUCAGGUUUUGUCCACCGAAUGGUGGAUCUCAUGCUAUUCGAUCUUCCAGAGUUCGUCGUCGAUUAGAUGCUGCCAUUGAAUCAUCUUCUUCAUUGCCUAGCACCAGAGAAUCUAUCCAAGGUGAGCAGGUUGAAAUCACAGAAGAUUCGGCUACUACUUUCGCCUCGAUGAUUUCCAGGAAAGAUGCUGCAACUCAAACUAGCCCAGAGCUAAGUAGGUCCUCUUCGCCCAACAACACUAGACCAACAUUUACCCGUUCGCGGUCGACGCAACAAGUCAAAGAGAGCGAGAGCUGUUUCUCAGAUCUUGAGAUCAGGGAUGUUCAGAUGGAUGAUCGAGUGACUCUGACUAGGUGGUCAAAGAAAAAUGUAACACGAUCAUCUAACAAGAAUUCAACAAACAUAAUAGAGUGGAAGGAAAAGACAGUUGAAUCAAAAUCUUCGUCCUGGGGCUUUGCCGAAGCAAAGUGCAUAUCUAAGAUUGAGAGAGAGGAUGCAAAAAUUACCGCAUGGGAGAAUAUUCAAAAAGCAAAAGCUGAGGCAGCAAUUCAGAAGUUAGUGAUUAAGCUCGAGAAGAAAAGAUCGUCUUCGCUGGACAAGAUUUUGAACACCCUCAAGUCUGCUCAAAGAAAAGCGCAGGUGAUGCGUGAGCGUGAUGCAGCAACAGCAAACCAAGAUGAAAAAGGCUCUAGGAAGGGAAAAAAGGCAGCACAGCUUAGCAAGAAUGGCCAAAUCAGUUCACUGAGUGGCUGUUUCACUUGCCAUGCUUUCUGAUACAUGUGCUUCCACCCCAUAAUAGAGAGUUGGAACCUGAGGAAUUCCUUCCUAUUCUCUCCAACAAAACCAGGGUGAAGUUCAUAGAUCCAUCACAUUUCAGUACAAAAUAGCGAUAUAUCUGCAUGUGGAGCUUACGUACUCAAAUCUUCAGAAGAUGCUAGCUGCAGCUGCUAUGAUAGGGACCAGGCAAUAUCUACAGUUCUGCUCUGUGUUAGGCCCCUAUUUAGAUCCAAAACGGAAAAUGCAAUUUUUUUGUAAAUCGCUUGCAUGGUGCUAAAUGUAGUCGAAAAAUAAAUCGCAUGAUACAAAUGGAUUGUAAAUCGCGAGACGAAUCUAAUGAGCCUAAUUAGGAUGUGAUUAGACACUAAAUUGAUACAGUAAUGCUACAGUAAACAUACUCUAAUGAUGGAUUAAUUAGGCGAGAUAUGUGAUUAGACUACAUUUAAUACUUCAAAUGUUGAAGAUUCCCUUCUAAAAAUGUAAAAAUGCAAAAUGCAAAGUGAUCUAAACACACCCUUAGUUUUGGUUCUGCCAAGGGGACAAAAGAAAAUGGUGCCACGAACGAAAGGGGGAAGGGUUCUGCAAACACCCCAUGUGCCUGGUUGAUGCCUCGGCAUAACGAUAAAGGCCGCCUUUAUCAUUGUUCCAUUACCUAGCCAGCCUUGUGUGCUGUAGCUAGGCACUGUGAGCCUGUGAUGGAGAUGUGCUUGCCAAAGCCGAUAUGGAUAAUAGGAAGUGCAAUUCCAGAUCAACAGACAACAGAAUCUUCAGGUAUGAGGAGAAAGCAGGGCCUGCUUGUGCUGGUGGUGAGUAGAGUACCCUGCUGGGUGUUGGAACGGAACCAAGCUGCUUUGCUGCUUUUGUUUGGAACAGUGCUUUACGAGCAUGCGAUGGUGGUGGCUUCUUGCAUCUGCUUUUCUGCAGCGUCGAUGUGUAUGCUCUUUUGGGAAUCUGAGAUAUUGGCUUGGCCUACUAUGGAAUAUCUUUGUACAUGUACAUAUAUGCCUUUGCGUUACAGCAAUUUUCAUUUUCUUGUAUGCUGAUUUGUUGUGGGUGUCGUUUUACAGCAGCACUACAUUCAUCUGGAAUGGUAGCGGUUUCUUCAGCAUAUUCUUCACACGCUUGGGUGGCAUAUUUUACAUCAUCUUUCAGUGGGCCAUUUGGUCGGACAGGAUAAGAUAACUUUUGACAGGCUA